AUGUCGGCGUUUGAGGAGUUCGGUGUGUGCCCCGAAAUCAUCAAAGCGGUCGAGGAAGACGACUGGCUGCUGCCGACUCCUAUCCAGGCCGAGUCCAUCCCUCUCAUUCUCGGAGGCGGAGACGUCUGCGCCGCGGCGGAGACGGGGAGCGGCAAAACGGGCGCCUUCGGCCUGCCUGCGCUCCAAGUCGUCCACGAGACCCUUCGCGCUGCUGCCCAGGCUGCCGCAACGGCCUCGAACCACAGGAACCAAGGCUCGCGCGGAUGCAUCCUAGACGACGGCGCGCGAGACUUGCUGGUGUGCCUCGGCGACGGCGACAGAUGCAGCUGCUCAGAUCCCCGCGGUUGGCGAGGCGUGCGGGGAACGGCGCCCGUGCUCUCUGGAAAGUACAUGUACGAGGUUGAAAUCCUCAGCCCCGGCCUGAUGCGCGUCGGAUGGGGUACCCGUCUGGGGAAAUUCGAAAUCGGCAAAGACGAGAAUUCGUUCGGCUACGGCGGAACUGGGAAAAAAAGCUGGAAUGGACGCUUUGAGGACUAUGGCGUCCAAUUCGGCGCGGGCGAUGUUGUGGGGUGUCUGCUCGACCGCUCGAACCCGGAAAGAGGGACUGUCUCCUUCGCGGUCAACGGGCGGCUCUUAGGCGAGGCGUUCGUCCUCCCCCCCGCCCUCCGCAACUCCGCGCUCCUGCCGGCCAUCUGUGGCAAGGACUUCGACGCGAGAUGCCACUUUGCGAGACUGGAGUUCCCGGUAGAGGGCUUCGCGCCUCUCGCGGCGCUCCAGGCCUGCGACGAUGCACGCAGUCUGGCCGAUACUUCCGCGUGCAAAGGAGCGACAGGCGUCCUCUGCUUGAUUCUCGAACCGACCCGAGACCUCGCCCUCCAGACCUUCAACUGCUUAAAGAAAUUCGGGAAGUACCUGGAGGCUCCGGCGAUUCGCGUCGCGCUCUGCUGCGGAGGAGACGAAAAGGAACAGAGAGAAGAGAUCGCGAAGGGGCCGCACAUUGUCGUCGGGACCCUCCAAAAGGUCAGCUCGUACAUCCAUCGCGGUUUGCUCUCGGUGAAGACGCUGAAAUUCUUGAUUCUCGACGAGGCCGACGAACUUGUGAAGUUCGACGCGCUCAGCGAGAUCCUCAAAAUCAAGAGAGCCGCGACUGCGGCAGGCAGCGUCUCGCGCCGCGUUCAGGUGUCGUUUUUCUCGGCAACGCUUCACACGGCUGAAGUCCGCCAAGCCGUCGAAGCCCUCACAGAGCGCCCCACGUGGGUUGAUUUGAAAGGAAAAGCAACAAUUCCCGACACCGUCCACGCUCUCAUUUGCCCCGUCCUCCCCGGAGAGGCGCCUUUCAAGUCGGCCAGCCUGGGGCGCGUCGAGCCCAAGACCGACGGCGUCCACAGCGCCUCGGCGACGCUGCCGCCGGACAGCCAGCAGUUCGCUUCCCAGCGCGUGAAAGAGAUCAAGCCGCAUCUGGUAGUCGCCUUAGCGGACGCGUUCAAGAUGGAGGCGUGUCUCGUCUUUUGCCGAACGAACUUGGAUUGCGACAACCUCGAGCAGUUCCUCACAGCCUGCGGCGGCGGCCGCAGGUUCUCGGGGAAAGCCGAGUCGGGCAAGGAGAACCCGUAUUCGUGCGUCGUGCUUGCGGGGAUGAGAAGCCAAGAAGAGAGAAACAGAAACCUCGCGCAUUUCAAAGCUGGAGAUGUGCGCUUUCUCAUAUGCACCGACGUGGCGGCGCGCGGCAUUGACAUCCACGAACUUCCCUUUCUGAUUAUGACAACGCUCCCCGAUGACCCAGACCUGUUCUUUCACCGCGUCGGCCGCCUGGGGCGGGCUGACCGCCUGGGCCUCGCGAUUUGCCUCGCGUCCGCCUCACCGGAGCAAGUUUGGUUUCAUCGGUGUGCAAAUCGAGGCCAGGGAUGCCGCAACACGCGGCUGCUGAAGGAGGGAGGGUGCACGAUCUGGUAUGACGAGCCGGCCUGCUUGAAAGCCAUCGAAGACCGGAUCGGCGCGCCGCUUCCUCGGAUGGACCCAGGCAAUUUCUGCGCGCCUGGAAUUGUUGACGCGUUUGGCGUCCUGGCGGAUUCAGGCGACAACAUCCGAAAACGACGCAACGUCGGGACUUCCGAUGUCGGCGACGCCGCAACGCCCGGGCCGAUGGUCUACGGCAAAGUUCGAAACGAUCGGAAUCUCCUCUCGACAAUGAAACAUCUGCAGGAAAUCGCGGGGGCCGUGGGCGAGCUGGAGAACCUGGAGAGGGAAAUCCAGAGACAGUUUGUCACUCUCGCUGCUCGAGGUAUUUGA